AUGGACCACCACCACCACGAUCAUGGCACCCCUGACGUCGGUGACAGUCCCAGCGACGCUUUCUGCGUGGGCCCUGGCUGGGUGAUGAUGUCCGGCUUUCAGCUGGCCGUUGGCAGCACCCAGCCCUGCGUGCUCUUUUUGUUCCCAGGAUGGGUUCUCGACAGCGAGGCCCGAUAUUUCGCAGGCUGCUUCGGCGCAUUCAUCAUUCCCGUGGCGAUCGUCGUGUUGCAGACGGCCCGUGACGCGGUGGUCGAAAAGGCAGCCUCAAAAGAGAAGGGGGCGGGUCUCCUCUAUGAUGCCCUCGCCGCAUUCCUUUUCGGCCUUCAGAUGUGCCUGGCGUACUCGGUGAUGCUUUUGACCAUGUUGUACGAGGCAGUUCUCUUCUUGUGCAUCAUCGCAGGCUUCGUGACUUCCUUCUUCAUACUGCGCCGCAUCAAGCGCCGUAGCCCGGUCCCCGAGAAGUCGAGCCUUGAUGGUGCACCUUGCUGCUCACCGACGGAAGCCAGCCAGCCCUAG